UGCAUGGGGUAUCUUCGAAGUGGAAAGCUCGAGCGGUGAGCAAUGUUCUUCCAGGCAAUAAUAGUCGGAACGGUUCUGUUCCUGGUGAUUCAGUACAUCCGCGAACAUCGCAAGUUGAAAGUAAUCGCGGCUCAUUUCGGUGGACCGAAGCCGCUGCCGCUGGUCGGCAACUUGCUGGAGUUUAACACGGAUGUUCCAGGUAUUUUCGAGGUCGGAAUCCGACUCCUUAAGGCCCACGGUCCGGAUACAUUCUUCUGGGGUUUGUUCAACCUGUACAUCCUAGUAGUAAGCAGUCCAAAGAAUGUCGAGAAGGUUCUGCUGGCAAAAAACGCACAGAAAUCCUUGCUGUACACGUUCCUCGAAUCCUGGCUAGGGACGGGCUUGCUGCUGUCCAGUGGCGAAAAAUGGUUUCAACGACGGCGAAUCAUAACGCCAGCGUUCCAUUUCAAAAUCCUGGAGCAGUUUGUUGCGGUGUUCAACAAAGAGACGGACGUCAUGGUGGCCAACUUGCGGAAACACGUCGACGGAAAGGAGUUUGAUAUCUAUUCGUAUGUGACGUUGAUGGCAUUGGAUAGCAUAUGUGAAACUUCCAUGGGAACGACAGUCAACGCUCAGAAUGAUCCGGACAACGACUACGUAAGAAAUGUUAAGAACAUGUCGGUUUUGUUCUUGACGAGGAUUUUUGACCCUCUUGCUGGUUACCCUGUACUUUAUGAACUUAUUCAUCCACGGGCUUACAAGCAGCGAAAAAUUGUGAGGGAACUACAUAAGUUUACCGAUUCUGUAAUAGCUGAACGUAGGAAACAACUGUCUCAAGAUAAGGGCGGAAAGGUGUCUAGCUCCAAUCAGAAUGAUGAGAACAUCUAUUCCAAGCAACGGAUGACAUUUUUGGAUCUUCUCAUGAACAUCGAUGUAGACGGCGAACCACUGGACGAUAUCGAAAUUCGUGAAGAGGUUGAUACUUUUAUGUUUGAGGGACAUGAUACAACUACCAGCGGUAUUAGCUUCUCUAUCUAUGAGUUAGCUCGAAAUCCACACGUUCAGGAUCGAAUUUACGAUGAAAUUGUAAGCGUUUUAGGUAAAGACCAUCGGGAAGCUACGCUGACCUAUCAGAAACUGCAGGAGUUCCGGUAUCUAGAGAUGGUCAUCAAAGAGGCACUGCGUCUGUAUCCUCCGGUUCCGUUUAUUGGUCGCCACUUGAUGGAAGACACCGAAUUAGACGGCAUCACCCUGCCAGCCGGCGUGGAAGUACUGAUAUCGAUCUACAUGAUCCACCGCAAUCCUGAUAUAUUCCCCGAUCCAGAUCGAUUCGAUCCGGAACGGUUUUCGGACAGUGCAGAAUCCAAAUGGGGACCGUACGAUUAUAUUCCUUUCAGUGCCGGGGCUAGGAACUGCAUCGGACAACGAUUCGCUAUGCUAGAGCUGAAGGUUACACUGAUUAAGCUGAUUUCCAAUUAUCGUAUACUGCCGGGAGAGUCACUACGGAAGCUACGAGUGAAGACGGAUUUAGUUAUACGGCCCCAUAUGGGUGUACCGGUGAAACUGGUGAAAAGAGAGUAGUGAGUUUAGGGAAUUUCUGUUCGGAAGUGGUUGGGGUUGGAUUUUUUUUUCAAAUGACGUUCGAUCAAUUCAUACGAUUAAAUAUUAAUAUUUAU